GGGGUGUAUAAGCCAACCAUGUCGUGGCAACCUAAACUUCGUCCCAAGGGUUUCCCACAUACUCUCGAUGACUUUGCUGUGGCUUCAUUGUCGGAGUUGGAACAUCGUUCUAGGACGGGUGAGGAGAAGCGCGAUCAGCGUGUUUUCCGGGUUAAGCGGAAGCAUGUCCUAAAGGCCUGUGAUCGGUGUCGGGUUAAGAAGACCAAGUGUGACGGAAAACAGCCUUGCAAUCGUUGCUCAGUAUACAAUCACCCAUGUUUAUUCCGUGAGAGGAAAGCGACCCAGACAAAAGUGUACUCUCGAGGGUUUGUCGAGAUGCUUGAAUCACACCACUCCCUCGUAGUCAAGGCCCUCCAAAAACUAUACAAAUUCUGCAUCAACAAGGAAGACUUCCCAGGCGAACCACUCGCCGAAGCCCCAGACGGACACCCACUCACACACGCCAUUCUCGAUCGCCUAGGUCUCAUCAAACAAGCCGAAGAGAACGCAGACGAGCCAGAAGAAGACUCUGAAGAUCUACGGUACCUACGAUUACUUUCUACAUCGACGGAAUGCAGCGCCACGGCAGAACCCUCCCCAGAACCAACUACACCCCCAGAACCCUCACCAACGACACUCUCCUCCCGCCCCUCGAUCUGCCAUUCCCUCCUCACUCCAAUGACGAGUCGAAGUAAUUCAAAUUGGCAGUGGGAUCUGCAGGCAGUUCAACAGGCGAGUUACAGUUAUCCAGAUACCGGUUAUCAGGAUAUGCUCGCCAUGCAACAACGCCCUUCUAUUACAUCCGCAGAUCUAAGUGCAGGUGAAAUCUCGCCUCAUGUCGAUAUACCCCCUGGAUCUUCGAUUUCACAUGGCCCACAGCCACAUGAGCAGCAAUCAUUUGCAUAUUUUCUCGAUGGGGGUUGCAAUGCGGCUGGUUCGGCGACUGAUACUAAGACUGCCGUUCGAUUACAUACCGGGAUCAUGCCAGAGACACACCACCAUCAGAUGAACGGUUUAUCGAGCGAUUUGCUCUGUGACUUUCAAUUUCCAACGCAUGAGCCGUCACUUUACCCUGGCUUUACGCCCGGUUGGAAUUUCCCCUCUGCAUGA